CCUCUUUGACCUUUUCACAGAGAGUGAGAAGAAAAAAAAGUAAAAGCACAAAAGAAGGAAAACUCCCUCCAGAACGUCUUUUCAUCCUCGCUUCGUCAGGAAGAGCGCUUUCUGGUCAUUUAAAUAAAAAGCGAAGAAUAUCGGUCUCAAAAUCAAAUUGACAAUAGUUCCGUCCGAAUUCGACGUCACGUGAUCAGCUGGGGAUCGUCUGGUAUCCGCAAUGGACGAUGGGAAGGAUAGUGGAACCGCAGUGUAAAUCGUCAGAUGUGAUGAUCAUUCACAAGUAGAGAGGUUCUGUUAUCUAUGCAUGAAUUACAGCAAUACAGUCCUUGGACUCCUUGAAUCAAGAGAUUGUCCAAGUUUUUCUGAGCUCGCAGUCCGAUGGCAACUUGAGUGAAGAUCCCGUCAUCGCAGCUCGAUGGAGUCAUCAGUGCCACUACUCCAUGGUGCUUAUGCGGAGGCUAUUGAUCGACGCACAGGGAAAGUUUCGGAAAAUGAUGUCCGACAACCAGGCUCUUGCCUCCAGGAUAGACCAGGACAUCCAGUCUGCUCACCUCCAAGUGUCUGCGCUGCGGGCUGAGCUCGCAGAUACCAACCAAAGGAUAAAAGACAUCUGCUCCGAAUCCAUGGCGGGCAAUGUGAUCACCACCUGUAUGCCCCCUACUUCCACUACCAAUACCACAACGGUGAUCAGUACUGCAGAGGGACACUGGCUAAAGGAUGCAAAGCAAGGACAUCCGGUCACUGAGUCAACGAUCAGAGUCUCCAGAGUGUGUUCUUCAUCAUCGCCCAUAGCGGAUAAAGGCGGUGGUACAAAGCCACCUGCAGAUUUAGUAGAAUCUACUCAUCGGCAGGUUCAAAGCCCUAAACAUACUGUUACUCAAGGUUCUAAACUUAGUGAACAGAAAACUAAUCUGGUUAACGGUUCUUCACCAGACCAGUCAGGUAAGGUUAAUAAAAAUCUCGACACGGUUGGAAAAGAACAGAAUCUCUUAGACAAAGUCAGUGACGAGGCUUUCUCAGGGAGUAGAAAGUUCCCACUUGAUGGGUCUGAAAGACCUCAGAUCCCACCGAAACAGUUGGGAUUAGCAUCCGAAGGAUCACGUGAUCCUCUUGGAAAAGAAACUAAAGAGAAACCGGAGGGUUUGACCGAGAGCUCCAAAAUGAAUGAGGAGUUAUCUGUGUCCAAACAUAAGGGUCACCGUCGCGAGCGCAGAUCUCUGAAAGGCAGUGAUGUCCAGAAAUCUCUAUUGGAGGACCUAAAAUCUCAGCAAUCCAACUCAAAGAUGGAUGAUUCCAAGUCCGAAUUGCAGAGAUCGGAAUCGGAUGGUAACCAGAACUCAGCUCCGGAAUGUGAUCUUAGUAUUAGCGGAUCGCCCUUCAAAGAGGGCAGUUCUAAAGUAGCUUCAGAAGAGUCAGUGGCUUGUAGUAGUUCCUCCCUGAAAUCGUCACCCAGAAAGAACGAAUCAUUGACAAAGGAAGACUCAAAGAGAGACGAUUUCAGUGUUGAUUUCCAUAGAAGUAGUCCUCCGGUGAAGGACGAAUCGAACGCACAAUGUUUUCCUCUCCUGAAAGACUCAUCUGAAGUCUAUUUGCAGAAGGAUUCUACUAAUGGUCAUAGGUACAAAGCAAAAACAAGAAGUGAUCCAUUGGACAGACGCAGUGAUAAAUGUGCUCAAGAAUUCUCUGUGCUUUCAAGCCCAAGUUCUGUGAUGAGACACAAAACUGGUGUCUCCAAGCUUCAGUUAGGAAUAUGCAGUUGGGAGAACAGACAGUUCGAUCCUAAAGAUUCGUGGUAUAAGACUCAAGAUAAUUCUUCCAGCAUGAGCGGUAAGAGUAUGGACGAGUCGUCUUCUAAAGAGGAAACUUCGGACAGCCAAGAUGGGCUUCCAUCUGAAUUCUGUGAUCAAAGACCGAUUAGGGACGAAAAUAAAGGAGGUCGAUUUGUAAUAUUUGAUUCUAAAAAUAUGCGAGGAUCCUAUAACGAUUGGCGUACAACCCUUAGUGAAAGUUACAGAGAUCAGCAAUCGUCAGAUUCGUGGAAAAGUAAUUCGUGCAAUACGACAGAACAAAAAGAUAUGAAAGCGGUCGAUGAUAAACGGCAAGUCCCUGAAAAAGACCAAAGUAGUUGUGGCCUCAUUCAAGAUAGUUCCUACUAUAGGAAAUCGGAAAAUUUGGAAUACUCUCCUUAUAAAAGUACUACCAAAUCCUCCGAUGAGAGCCAUCUAAGUGAAGUGGAGGCGUUGAAGAUCAAGAACAGCGCUCUUCUCAGGGACCUGGAGGAGGUCAUGGAGUCAAGGGACGAGAAGGCCAAAGAGAAUGCCGCCAUGGCCGCCAAACUCGAGCACAUGGAAAAAGAGCUAAAACACGCCAAGGAGGCACUUUCCGCCCUGAAACAGGACCGUAAGAGACUGAAAGCUGAGAAGUUUGACCUCCUUACCCAGAUGAAGCAGCUAUACAGCACCUUGGAAGACAAAGAAGAGGAGCUCAGAGAAUUUAUUCGAAACUACGAACAAAAAAUGAAGGAGAGCGAUGAAAACAUAAAGCAGAUGACGAAGGAGCGUGAAGAGAUGGAGCAGGAGCGAUGGAAUAUCCUCAAGAGGGCCCGGGACGAGGCAGAAAGAGCUGUGCUUCUCUGCACUCAGCUGGGUCUGAAAGAUGCCCAUAUUAAAGAGCUGCAAGAGGAGAUUGCUAUGUUGAAGGACAAGCGGCUGUCUUCCAACCACGACACUCGUCAAAGUAAUGGCUUCGGAAGUCCCGGAUCUAUGUCUUAUCGAACAGCUAACGGCAUUGACUCUCGUGGAACACCGACCCCAACACCCGGAUCGGAUCCGACCACUUCCCCGUCGUAUGCAGGAACACCUACCAUCUCCAUGCAAUAUGUAGAUCCUCUGUCCCCACGGAAAGGUCCCAUGAUGCAGAGUCUUUCCCCCGACCACAGACCCAGUCUUCUGUCCCGAUCCGCCGAGGAUAUCUUCAACUCUGCGGGGCUGGACAUGAACAGCGUGAAGAAGAAAUCCAAGGAAAAGAAAGGCACCUGGGGAUCCAUCUCCAGGGUUUUCUCCCGGAGCAAAAAAAGAAAGCCUUUGGAUCCAGAGCUUUUCGAAAAUCAACGUUCUUCGUGGUCCCCCAAGGAGAGCGUCUGCUCCAGCCCCUUGAGCGAGGAGAGCUACGUACAGAAACUUCGCCUGUUGGAGGAGACCCACGGCACCCCCAUGCAACACUGGAGAGCUGCCACUGUUCUCGCCUGGCUCGAGAUCACGAUGGACAUGCCACAGUACGGAGCGGCUUGCGCAGAGAACAUCAAGAGUGGGAAGUUGCUGUUGGAAUUAUCCGAUGCUGAAUUAGAAGAAGGUUUGGGUAUCACCAAUAUCAUGCACAGGAGGAAACUCAGGCUGGCUAUUGAAGAGCACAGGCAACCUUCCUUAUGUCGUUACCCCAAGAUCUGCCUGAUGACCCACUCGUGGGUGGUCGAGGAGUGGCUCCCGAGCAUCGCGCUCACCUGCUACCUCCCGAGCUUCUCGGAGCACCUGGUGGACGGGCGCGUCCUCGACACCCUCACCAAGAAGGACCUGGAGAAGCACUUCGGCAUCACCAGGAAGUUCCACCAACUGAGUAUUAUGCAUGCGAUCCAGCUACUCAGGAUGCUCAACUUCGAUAGGCAGAUUCUGAACCAGAGGAGAACGAACAGUGAAACCAUGGACAUCGAUCCUCUGGUUUGGACCAAUCAGAGGUUAAUCAAGUGGGUUGCAAGCAUAGAACUGGUGGAAUAUGCCGAGAACCUGAAGGGGACCGGGGUGCACGGGGCGCUCGCCGUUCUGGAACCGACGUUCACAGCCGACACCAUUGCCACUGCCCUAGGAAUACCCACUUCCAAGAACAUCGUCAGGAGGCACCUCACCACGGAGUGGAACAACCUCAUUCAACCUGCGAGGUUGUCCCUGGAGUCCGAGAGCAUGGUUUCGAAGAAAUCCAAAUCCGAGAAGAGGUUGGCGAGCGGUAGCAGUUCUAUAUCUCUGGUUUCCCAAGGUCGCAGCAGUAGCAGUAUUAUGCCUUCCUAUGCAAGGCGGACCCUUGACCGCUACGACCGUAGGAGAUCUAGCUGGAGAUUUUCUACGUGGAAAAGCUCUCAGGAAUCUCUGAGAUCGCUGACCUCCACCAAGAAGACCCCUCCUGCUCAGUCGUCAACCGCGGAGCGGCCCCAUCUCUUGCCUCUGUCUCCCAAACUCAACACGACGAGACACCGUAGGACUUUUUCAUCACAUUCCGAUGUAGAAACAUUAACUGUUACUCCAGUCUAAUACUCUCUAUGUGUGCGCGAUGGAUGCAUUUAUUUAUCGUACCAGUGCUCAGUCUCAACAAGGGUAUAUAUUAUAAAACCGACUAUUUUUUAAAUUAUCUCGACUGUAGAGGGAGUCUAUAAACAAGUGUAUUCUCCAAAACAAACUAAUAUAUAUAUGUAAUAUCGAAUCACGAAUGUAAUAGUGCUGUACAGCACUCUUGGUAAUGUUUUGUGGCUAAAACGUAUUUUUUCGCAUUUGUAUUUCACAUUCUUAUGAGGAUUAAAAACGAAAAGAGCAGAAGCGGAAAGUACACUUUAUGAUAUGAGAAAGAAAGCUGCUUUUUUAUAUUUAGAUAGACGAUACGCCUAUUUAAUUCGAUAUUUUAAAAAUAUAACACUGGUGUCUUUUUCUAAAAAAUUAUUAUGGUUGUAUCUGUAUUUUCUGUACUAUUAAUCGAUCAAUAAAUAAAUAAUAUUAAGAAAACAGAAUUCGAUUGCACAGUAAAAAUAAAUAAAAUUAUGAAACUUUCAACUGCCAAAUUUUAAUUAUAAAUAACAAAAAUGACUUUCUUUUCAGAUACUGCAUAUGAAAGUCUGCUAUCUUCUUAAAAUAAAUCUUUGAUUGACAAAUCUACUGUACCUGAUAUCCGAAUGAUAAUGUAAAUAGGCAGUGUUACUCUUUAUAAUUCUACUAUAAAAUAGUUAAAUGAAAUUUGAUGUUAAUAUAAAAUAUAAAUAAACGAAAUAUAUCCUUUUAAUAAAGAUGUUUAUGGCCAUCAAACUGUGUGUUAAAAAUUCUGUGAGUUUAGAAAACUCGAUUGUUAAUAAAACAUGGAUAAAUAAUUUAAUAUAUAUAGUUACAACAAAUAUACUUAAUUAAUGAGGAGUUUUUGAAUUCCUGAAUUUGCCAAAAUUCUCUGUAGUACAAGAAAAAAAAAUGUAUAUAAUAUAAAAAUUUUACUAAAUUUUUGAAAAUAUUCUUCAAAGCAAUUUCUUGCUUGUUUGAAUGUAAUUCAAUAUAAUAAUAAGCAAAUUAAUUUUUGUAAGAGGUGUAUUUCAAUAACAAAGUUGUAAAGACAAUAAUUUUUGAAUUUUUUCCUUAAUUACAAUAUUUUUUGUGGCCCUAUAUUCUUAUUUAUUUUUGACAUUGUAUUAACAUUUAGAGGGUAAAAAUUUUAAUGUCUCAUUGAAUUUCAAAACUAUAUUUAUUAAUAUUAUGAAGCAUUUGAUUAAUUAAAACAGCUUAAACCAUUUUAUUUUUUGCAUAAUAUUACUUUCAUAUACGAUAUUUAAUCAAGACCAAACAAUAUAUAAAUUUCAUCUAAAUACAGAACUUUCACUUCUGUAAUUCAAAAUAUUUCGCACGAAAUAAAUUUUCUAUUAUAAAUUCAAAAUUUGUAUCGGCAUUAUAAGCUUUGAAAUACUUGGUGCAUAAAACCAUUAUUUGAAAUUUCAAUUUGGUCUAUAAUGUAUUACUUCACAUCUAUAUAGCCACUAAUUUUUUUUAAAAAAAAUUAAAAUAUAGAUCAAAUUUUACAAGAUAAUUUAUCUCUGUACAAAUUGAAAAUUUUCCUCUUGUAUAUGAAUACUUCAAAUUAUCUUUAGCUAUUAUUAUAAAAAUUUGCACUCUCUGAUAAUCAAUUUCUAUCACUUGUAUUUGAUCAAAAAAUAAAAAAAUAUUAAACGUGUAUUCCAAUAUUUUAUAAUUCAAUCGUAGUGUAUUUCUUUCCGUGAAAGGACAUUGUGUUGGAAUGUGGACCGAAUGUUUGAAUGCAUCCAUCCUUUUGUAAUAUAUCGUGCUGGGCGACGAAAUUGAUUCUAGAAUCUUAAGUUAUAUAUAUGAAAUUAGUGUAAACUGCUGCUAAAGUGUUUAUUAUUGCGUUUCUUGCUGGUUGAUUUUGAAUUCGAAAAACGAAGAAAAAAAAGAUACCAAAUGUACAUUAAAAGUUGGCUAAUAAAAAUACUUUAUUCCAUUUUA